GUCACGGUUCUUGAUCAAGCUUCUUUGGUUUUCUUGACAGGUGGGGUUCAGAUUUAAUGUAAACCCACUAGCAAGUUAAGUUGGUUAGCAUGCUAGCCUGCCAAUGUAGCCUUAUAUAUUUAAAAGAAUGUUACCGCAGUAACUAUACUUGUUAUUCACAAAAUGCGAUGUUAUCUUCAUGCAGUUCUGUUGUGCAUGGUCUUCGCUGUAUUAUCGGUGCUGUAUGCCUUUAAUCAACUACCAGUAGCCUCGUCCUUGGAGUCGAAAGAUGACGGACGGGCAGACAGAAGAACAAAACAAUCCAGUGGCAAACAACCCCAUGACAUAGCAUGGAACAUAGUCAGGAACGGUGGAGGAGCUUACCAAAAAGAACAUGACAGGUGUAAUGAUGCGUUGUCAGUGACUUACUGGAAUCCCUAUUGGAGACUCUCCCCAGAUGUUUGUGGAAUGAACUGCUUGUUGGAACCAUCUCCUAGGGAGAAGACUGCUUCUGCCAGCGUCACAAAGACCCAUGAUGAACGGAUGCAUCUGGCUGUGGUGGCCUGUGGUCCCAGGCUAGAGGAGACCCUCACCAUGCUCAAAUCUUCCCUGCUCUUUAGCACCCGACCACUUCACUUCCACAUAUUUGCUGAGGACCACCUACACGGCAGCUUCAGAGAGGCUCUGGACUCCUGGCCAACUGUGGGCAGCAGGUUUAUCUUCACCAUCUAUCAGAUCACCUUCCCCAGUGACAAUGCUAAGGAGUGGAAGAAGCUCUUCAAACCAUGCGCGUCCCAGAGGCUCUUUCUGCCGCUGAUCCUAAAGGAUGUGGACUCUUUACUUUAUGUGGACACAGACAUCUUGUUCCUUCAGCCUGUGGAGGAGAUCUGGUCCCUGCUGGCCCUCUUCAACUCUACCCAGUUGGCAGCCUUGGCUCCGGAGCAUGAAGAGCCACGCAUCGGCUGGUACAACCGCUUCGCCCGACACCCCUACUAUGGCAAGACUGGGGUCAACUCCGGGGUCAUGCUCAUGAACAUGACCCGGAUUAGAAAGAAAUACUUCAAGAAUGAUAUGACGUCCGUCCUGCUCCAGUGGGAGGAGCUACUGAUGCCCCUCCUCCAGAAGUAUAAACUAAACAUCACCUGGGGAGACCAGGACCUGCUGAACAUCAUCUUCCAUCACAAUCCAGAGAGCCUCUAUGUGUUUCCUUGCCAGUGGAACUACCGGCCAGACCACUGUAUCUAUGGCAGCAACUGCCUCACAGCCGAACGGGAGGGUGUCUUCAUUCUCCACGGCAACCGAGGCGUUUACCAUGACGACAAGCAGCCGGCGUUCCGAGCCGUCUACGAAGCAAUCCAGAAGUACCCGCUUGGGGGCAACCUAGUCCAGGAUCUGCUGCAGCCUUUGGAGUCCCGUCUACAGGAGACCAAACACACCUACUGUGGAAGAGCCAGUCACAUGUUUACUAAGAGGCUGGAACGGAGCGUCAGGACACUUCAACGGGAAACCACCGGGGGGAGGUGAUGUAUGGAACACACACCACGUCAACAGUCCAACCAGAUCUGGUCUUUUUUACAUUUUUAUAGUUGAGGAAGAAGAGGAUUUAAACCAACAACCUUAGUGUUGCCAGAGCCAGACUGUUAUGGACAUAGUCCUGCGGACCCUUCGUCCUGAACGCGGACCAUUCGUCCACACCAAUGUCAGAAGAAUCCAUCGUCUGUUUACAAAAAGCAGACAACGACAUGACUGUCAAGAUGGCUCCAGACUCAAUCUCAUGGGGACAAUAUUUUACCUUUUUUAUAUAAAGAUAUAUAUUUUAAUCAUUUUCAGGCAUUUUAUGCUUCAUUGAACAUUUAAAGUCAUUAAAGAUUGCGGAUAGAGUUUUUUUUUGCUGAAACGACAGUAGACCAGAUUCAAACUCAUGCUGCAGCUGUACAUGUGUAUCAGAGUAGUCAGUGGCUUUGACUGCUGGACCAUGCUGCUGUAGUCCACUGACUGUUUCCAUGUGGAUUGUUUGUUUCUCAGAUUCUCCUAUCAGAUGACAAGUGGUACACUUAAAUCAGGUUGUAUUAGGAUUUGAACUGUAACAAGAAUGUCAGACUGACAUUAGCUUGUUGCAGUAAUCAGAAUUCUCUUACGGUUCUUCAUGCCCUUCUUGAUAAAAUAUAUAUAUUUAAUGUGUGUCUUAUGUUAAUAUGAACAUCAAUGAUAUUCAAAUCUUUGAAUUAGAAUUAGAUUAAAUUGAUUUUAACAGUGAGAGACAGAAUAACAACAGAAAAUCCAGAAGAAUGCAUGUCAAAAAUGUUAUACAUUGAUUU